CGGCGCCCCCGCUCUGACGUCAUUGCUCCGCGCGGUCGCCGCGCGAGCGUUUCGUACGUGCGUCCCGGGUCCCUGGUGUUCCGGGCUCGCGGAGGGGACGCCGGAGGCCUCUAGAACCCGGAGAUGGCGUCUGUCAUCUUUGAGGACGUGGCUGUGAACUUCACUCAGGAGGAAUGGGCUUUGCUGGAUCCUGGUCAAAGGAGGCUCUACAGAGAUGUGAUGCUGGAAACCUUCAGGAACCUGGCAUCAUUAGGUGAUGAGACUGCAUUCAAGGCCAUUGAGUCCAUUUCUCAACAGAACACUCACAAGAAAAAAAAAUCCAAAAAAGAUAAAAUACUAAAAUUUACAAGAAACUAUUCUUGGGCCUCCAUUUUAGGAAAAAUUUGGGAAUGUCUUAACAUUGAAGAUCAAGAUAAAAACCAGGAGAUUCCUCUGAGAGAUUAUAUUGUUGAGAGACUCUGUGACAAUAAUGAAGGUAAUCAGUCGGGAGAAACCUUCAGCCAGAUUCUAAAUCUUAAUCGGUACAAGAAAACAACUACUAGAGCCAAUCCAUUUGAGUGUGCUGAGUGUGGAAGAGUUUUUUUGUCUCGUUCGUCAUUGAAGAGACACAACGCAGGUCACACUGGACAUAAACCACAUCAGUGUUCAGAAUGUGGGAAGAGCUAUUGCUUCCCGUCAGAACUAAGAAGGCAUGUGAGAAUUCACAAUGGAGAAAGACCUUAUGCAUGUGAAUUAUGCUGGAAAACCUUCCUUCAUUACCGCUCCUACCUAAACCAUGAAAAGUUUCACAGGAAAGAGAAAUGUUACGAAUGUAAACAAUGUGGAUGUACCUUCAGUUUUCUCAAAUUCUUUGAAAGGCACGAAAGAACUCACAACAAAAAGAUACUGAAUCAAUGCAAGGAGUGUGGGAAAGUCUUCCUGUGGCCCUCAUCUCUGAGGAGACAUAUGACAACACACAGUCAAGAGAAACCCUAUGAAUGUAAGCACUGUCAGAAAGCCUUCAAAUGGCCCGUAUCUUUACAAACACAUGUAAGAACACACACUGAAGAAACAGCUUACCAGUGUGAGGAAUGUGGGAAAGCCUUCAAGAACCCCUUAUCUGUGCCGGUCCACAUGAGAAUACACACUGGAGAGAAACCAUACGGAUGUGAGAAAUGUGGCAAGGCUUUUGCAUUUUCUUCGGCUUUAACAUACCACAUGAGGACACAUGCUAGAGAGGAGUAUUACAAACGUAGGGUAGGAAAGCCUUCUGAAAAGUCGUCUAUUAUGCUCUAGAAAAUUCAUGCCAGGAGAAAAAGCGGACAAAAAUGAUCAAUGUUUUAUUGCCUUUAUUAGUACCUCCUCCUUAAAGUGAACUGAUAGGUCGUGUAGUUCUAUGUACUGCUUUGCAGAAAUAAACAUUAAGGGAGAAAGAA